GUUUUUUUUCAAAUAUUUGAACGAUCCAAUAGGAGAAGAGUGGCGUUACCCAGGCAAUUUCGAAUUUGAUGAUUGAAGUCGGUUUGUUUAUGUUAACUAGCUAGCAAACCAUAACUUUUAUUCCAACAAAAUAGCGAAUAACUUAGCUAGCUACACUAACAUAACAUGUCUCAAGUGAAUGGAUUACAAACAGCAAUGGUCGGGGAAGAAAUUGUUGCCCAACUCAACAGAAAAGAAUUGCGCAAGCAGCAGUUGAUGAAGUACUUGGCAGCAAAAGGAAGACUGAAGCCACCCAACCCAAAACCAUAUCUUCGAGAUGACAUUAAAGCAAAGAAGAUCACCAUGUCUACAGUGAAGGACGAUCUGGCCCAGGGAAAAGAGAACCAGGGUCCAAAUGCCCUCAAGAUGAAAAAGGAAGCCGUGAAGGUUCAACCUCUUUCCCAAACCACUGGCACCCUCUGCAGUACCACCAAAAAACAGAGCUCCACCAACGGUAACACUCUGCGUCUCCUCUCUGCAGCAUCGGUUACUGCACGUCUCAACGUGCUCAAAGGCAUGACAAAGACUUCUGCGGUUGCCCCAUGUCACUCAGCCAGCCUGAAGACUGCUCCAGCCAGAUCACAAUCCACUGUCCCUACCAAAAGAUGCCCAGGCACCACCAACCAUCUCAGAACCCAGCCUAAUCCAGCUGUUAAAAUCUGCAACACACGCCCUAGCUCAGCCAAACCCCUGGCAAACGCUGGUAGAACACGUUCAGUCAGCACAACCAGACCAAAGCCAAAUACUACUGGGAAACCCGCUAACACACUCUGCACAGCUAGCACACGGCCCAUUACAGCUAGCACACGGCCCAUUACAGCUAGCACACGGCCCAUUACAGCUAGCACACGGCCCAUUACAGCUAGCACACGGCCCAUUACAGCUAGCACACGGCCCAUUACAGCUAGCACACGGCCCAACACAGCUGGCAGUGCCAGAAUGAGUCUGAGCAGAAUGGUUAAAUCCAAGACCGGCCUUGUGUCUGUCCAGGUGCAGCCUAGAAGCACCACGGUCCCUGCUCCAGCUUCAGCCCCCUUCACCCCCUCUGUCCUGAACAGAGCAUGCCCAAGCACCAUCCCAGUCCCAGCUCUGACCCAAAAGCCACCAGAUACUACUCAGAGGAGAACGACUGAUUCCAGACCACUCCCAGGGAGAUCCAGUAAACCAGCAGGGCAGAGACAACCUGUCACUGGACCUAAACCCACCAUCCAAGGCCCUGCUGGUCCUGGUCCCAAGACUGCAGCUACGAAGCCAGGCGAUAGGAGGACAACCGAAACCUCUGGCAGAGUUUCCAUCCAAGAGGUUGAGCGUAUUCAGAGGGCUCCAUCACAGCACAGGGCCGAGGCUAGAGGAGCAGGACCCAACACUCAGAUAUGGAAGCCUGCCUCUCGAGCCUCCACCGGGAUAACAGGAAACCAAUGGCAGGCCAAGGCUCUGUGUAGGGCCAUGCAUGCAGCUGUGGCUGAGAUGGGACAGAAAAGCAGCGGCGAGGAAAACCGAGGCAGGGUGGAGAGCGGGAGGGCAGACACUGACACCAAGAAUGAACCCAAUGCUCCAUCGCCCUCAUCAGCAUCACCAGCGUGUUGGCCUAGGCCUAACAGGAGCACAGUGAAUGGUGUGUGGAUCCCCCAGAUGGUGCCUCGCUCUGCCAGAGAGUCCAGCCAUGGCCAGGAGGAGGUGGGGUGGGAGGCUGGUGUUGGCCUGAAGACACCCAGAGACCAGGCCAGGGUCGUGCCCAAGACAGAGGGCCGCAGGAAGAUGACAGCUGCCCAGGAGGAGAGGAUGCAGAAGCUCCAGGAAUGGCGUGAGAACAGGGGCAUCUCCUACAAGCGUCCCCCCAUGCCGGUGAGGCCUCCUCGGGUGCGGCGCACCGUGGCCCUCCCUCAGGCCUACUGGGACGGUAUGGAGGAGGAAGUUGAGGCCAAGUCUCUGGUUGGAGUUGUGGACAGGUGCCUGGCUGACUGCAUCAAACUGCUGAUUGAGGGGACCAGUACGAUCAUAUAUGCACACACUACCGGCUGCCCGUCCUCCCAGGUGCAGGAGAUGCUGUCCACUGUGCCCAUGGCUGAGAAGUUCUCCAAGUACUGGAUCUGCCAGGCCCGUCUGAUGGAGCGCCAGGGCAACCUGGAUGUGCUGCCCCUGUUUGAAGAGGCAGUACGCGUGGUGUUAGAGCCAGUGGAUGAGCUGCGGACUGUUGUGUUUGAGAUGCUGAAAAAGAAGGAAGAGAGACAAGGUCAGUCUCCCGUAGCAUCGGCGCAGGAGCCUGUGAGCGAGGAGGAUGAUGUUUUGGAGCUCGACUCUACACCAGACCCCAUGGCCACACCCACAGCUGUCAAAGCCCUGAUCCGUGGUGACCGAGGAGGCUCGUCUGUGGUCAAGUACAAGAUCACCGCCACACCAGGUGGCUUCAGGAGCCAGCAGAGAGAGGCGACGUUGGCCCGCAUGGUGGAUGGACAGGAGCUGAGGUUCUUCACCCCCGUCAGGCGCUCGGUGAGGAUCGAGAGGUCUGUGCUCCUCUACCCUGCCUCCCUGCAGGAGCACGACCACUGUGUGGCCUCCUUCAAUGACCUGAUGGCCCAGGAGGAUGAGAGAGAGGGGGAAGGAGGGAGGGAGGGAGACGGAGAGGGGGGAGGCAGCGCCGGGCCCAUCCCCAACGGCCAUCUGUACGUUUACAGAGAGAACGGGGCUCUGAGAGACAAGGUCAACAUCCAGCUGGUCUACGCUGAGGAAGAAGACUAAAGGACUGUGUCCUCCUAGUAGUGUAAAGUGGGUUCCUCCUGCUUUACCCUGAUCUAAUAGUACAGGAUGAUCUCAUUCACCAUCUGGGAAUGUAGCUUUCACCUGUACAGUUGUAUGUCCUUCAGUACAGAGUCACAUUCCUUAGUAGAAAGCCGUAGUAAAACAAAAGGUUCUGAAACACACCUGGGGAGAUGGGUUUGUCAAUCUAGACUUUUCUGUACAGAAUCCUGCAGGAAGAACCUGUCUAUCCAUUACUCAUUUGUAACUGUCAAACCAAAAGCAUCCAUUUACUUUUUAGAUGGAAUAGUGUUUUUUAAUGCAAACUGUGGUUAAGGUUUUUAUUUUUUAGAUUGUACAAACUAGCUUGGUUUUGUUGAAAAACAAUUUUUUUUGUUGGUAUUUUAGAUGCAUGAAUGAUGUACAUAUUUAUGUAUAAUAAAUAAUCUACCUUGGUAA